AUGGAAAACCAUCUAUUGCUUUACAUUUUAUUACUGAUUCCUGCUUUUGCAUCAUCAGACUUCUUCGUAACACGUGUCAGAAACAUCAAGAAGCGAAAUGCUGAUAACGACUUGGUUGUCAAUGGGAUAGAAAUCUCUAGCAUGAAAAUUGAUAGUAAAAUAACCUCCCGAUUUGCUCACAAUGUCAUCACCAGUCAAGCUGUCAAUCGUGGAAACGUGCACAAAGAAGUCUUCUUUGAUGUUGACCUCCCUAAGACAGCCUUCAUUACCAACUUCAGCAUGACAAUUGAUGGUGUCACUUAUCCUGGAACUAUCAAGGAAAAAGAAGCUGCAAAAAAGCAAUAUGAGAAGGCUGUUUCAAGGGGAGAGACUGCUGGUCUUGUCAAAGCUUCUGGAAGAAAAACAGAAAAAUUCACUGUCUCGGUCAACAUUGAAGCAGCCAGUAAAGUCACUUUUGAACUCACAUAUGAGGAACUGCUGAAACGACAGUUUGGAAGAUAUGAGAUGUUCAUCAAAGUAAAACCAAAGCAGCUUGUCAAAGAUUUUGAGAUUGAAGUAAAUAUCUUUGAGCCCCAGGGUAUCACUGAGCUGGAAGCAGAAGGAACAUUCAUCACCAAUGAGCUGCAAAAUACCAUUAAAAAAACUUUCUCAGAGAAAAAGGGGCAUAUCUCCUUCAAGCCGACGCUUGAUCAGCAGCGAACCUGUGCAAAUUGCUCACAGUCUGCCCUGGAUGGGGAUUUUACUGUAAGAUAUGAUGUGAAGAGAACAACUCCAGAUAAUUUGCAGAUUGUCAAUGGCUAUUUCGUGCACUUCUUUGCACCAACAAAUCUUCCAAAGUUGAGCAGGAAUGUUGUUUUUGUAAUAGAUAUUAGUGGCUCAAUGUCUGGAAGAGAAAUAGAACAGACAAGAGAAGCACUUCUAAAAAUCUUAGAUGACAUGAAAGAAGAGGACUUCUUCAAUUUCAUACUGUUUGGCAGUGAAGUACAUACCUGGAAAGAAAUGUUAAUCCAAGCCACUCCAGAGAAUUUGGAUGAAGCAAGGAAGUUUGUUCGGGACAUUGACACUAGAGGCGCGACAAAUUUAUAUGGUGGUAUAAUGAGGGGAAUUGAUAUGCUGAAUGCUGCUCAUGAACAAAACCUAGUGCCCAAGAGAAGCGCUUCUAUAGUUAUCAUGUUAACAGAUGGCCAACCGAAUGUAGGCAUAUCAAAUACUCAGGAAAUUCAGGCACAUGUGAAAAAAGCCAUUGAAGGAAAAUAUCCCUUAUAUAAUCUUGGGUUUGGCUAUAGCGUUGACUACAACUUCUUGGAGAAGAUGGCACUGGAGAAUAAAGGACUGGCCCGUCGCAUUUAUCCUGACUCUGAUGCAGCUUUACAGCUUCAGGGGUUUUAUGAGGAGGUGUCAAAUCCCAUGCUCACUGAUGUGGAGUUAAAUUACCCAGAAAAUGAAAUAUCAGACCUAACUAGAAACAGUUUUAAGCAUUUCUAUGAUGGAUCUGAGAUUGUGGUGGCUGGACGCUUAAUAGACAACAACCAAAACCAUUUGACUGCAGAUGUGAGAGGGGAAGGUGCUAAUGAUGCCCUGUCCUAUACUACACAACAUGAUGCUGAGGAAACAGCUAAAGCUUUCCAAGAACAAGAAUACAUAUUUGGAGAGUACAUUGAAAGGCUCUGGGCUUAUCUCACCAUUGAACAACUCCUAGAAAAACGUAUUGCAGCUUCAGGAGAAGAAAAGGAGAAUCUUACAGCUGAAGCCUUGGAUCUCUCACUAAAAUACAAGUUUGUAACACCAGUGACAUCCAUGGUGGUAACAAAGCCAGAAGACUAUGACAAUAAAGAUGGGAUUGCUGAUAAACCCAUUGAAGGUAUAGGCAUUUUCACAAUUGUACUUUAUGUGAGCAUCCAAUACUACACUGACUGGUCACAACCCACAUGGCAUACUAGUGUUGAUGGAGAUCCACACUUCAUUAUAUCGGUGCCAGAAAAAGAAGAUGCCAUUUGUUUCAAUAUCAAUGAAAACCCAGGAGCUGUGUUAAAUUUAAUAACUGACCCAGUUACAGGCAUCACAGUCAAUGGGGAGCUCAUUGGUGAUAAGAGAGCAAACAGUGAUGCAAAGAUCCAAAACUCAUAUUUUGGAAAACUUGGCAUUGCAAAUAAGUACCUGGAUUUAAAGCUGACCGUAACUCCUGAGAAGAUCACAAUUCAGAAUGGCAAUAAAAAAACAGGUUUCACCUGGCUUGACUCAGUCACCUUGCAACAAGAAGGUUUAACUUUGAUAAUUAACAGAAAAAGAAAUGUGGUGCUCACAAUGGGCAGCGGUGCCUCCUUUGUUAUUGUUUUGCACCAAGUGUGGAAGAAACAUCCUCUACACCAAGAUUUCCUGGGACUGUAUACAUUGGAAAGUGACAAACUGUCUGAACAGACCCAUGGACUAUUAGGACAGUUUUUCCACCCCAUUGACUUCACCAUACUUGAAAUUCAUCCUGGAUCUGAUCCUAAGAAACCAGAUGCCACUAUGAUUGUUAAAAACAACGAACUGACAGUAACAAGGGGCUGGCAGAGGGAUUACAGAAUCGAUCCGCGUGGCGUCGAUAUCCCUUGCUGGUUUGUUCAUAACAACGGAGCUGGGCUGAUAGAUGGUGUUCAUACAGACUAUAUUGUUUCCAGUCUGUUUUAA